ACCCUCCUCCCCAAAGUCCCAUUCACGUCGAUAUAAAUCGGAUCAAAGACCUACACGGUCGGCGGCCUAUAUCUCGAUCCAGGAGUACUGCACUCGUAUACGAACCUCAGCCGCAUUCAAUACCAGCUUCUCGGAUUCGGACAAAGACACCCUCCCACUUCCUACCGUCUCUCCUUCCAGCUCUCGAUCGGACAUAUCAUCUGUUCUGUCCAGGAUGUUGUCCCCUUCGACACCGGCGUCGCGAUGGUCGUCGCUUCUCUCUCCAUCCCUCCGGCAAGCUAUUGCGCGCUGCUCCGACUCGCAGUCAUUUUGGCUGAGUCUAUAUUUUGUACUCAACCUCUCCCUCACGCUGUACAACAAAUACGUACUGGUCUCCUUCCCAUACCCUUAUACCCUUACGACCGUUCAUGCUCUCUGUGGCUCGCUUGGAGGAGGCCUACUUCUACGCAAUGGGGCGUUUCAACCCAAGCGGCUGCGCGAAGGCGACUACCUCGUCCUCGUGGCGUUUAGCGUGCUCUACUCGAUAAAUAUCGCCAUCAGCAAUGUCUCGUUACGACUUGUUACUGUGCCCAUGCAUCAAGUCAUUCGCGCAGCUGCCCCGAUUUUUACGGCCAUGUUGUCCUGGUACCUCUUCAAUAGCCGUUUCAGCGGACACAAGCUGCUAUCUCUAGUCCCUGUCGUACUAGGCGUCGGCCUUGCCACAUACGGUGACUACUACUGCUCAUUCUGGGGCUUCAUCCUUACCUUGCUCGGCACCCUCCUCGCCGCGCUGAAAACCAUCGCCACCAAUGUCCUGCAAUCUUCACCCUCCGCAGACUCGAGCGCUACGUCUACGUCCCAUAAGCGGAGUUUCUCGCGUGCAGGUUUCCGCCUCCCGCCUCCCUUUCCUCGCCAUCGCCUCUCAAUCCCUACUCCCACGAUCCCGACGGUGCUCUCGAAUUGGACAGCGAAAGGCGGGUUCAGGUUGGGUCUCCACCCGCUGGACCUAUUGACGCGGAUAUCACCACUUGCGCUUGUGCAGUGUGCAUUCUAUGCGCAUGCCUCUGGCGAGUUGGAUGCCCUGCAAGGAGGAGCCGUGGUUGGACAGGGAAAGGUGAUAGGAUUAGGAGUCGUUGUAAUGUUGCUGGUGAAUGGCGGAAUAGCAUUCGCCUUAAAUGUGGUCAGUUUUGAGGCGAACCGUAGGGCGGGUGCAUUGAGCAUGGGUGUGGCUGGCAACGUCAAGCAGGUUCUCACGAUUCUUUGUGCUGUCUCGCUCUUCAAUCUGACUAUCACGCCCGCAAACGCACUCGGUAUCGCGCUUACAUUGCUCGGAGGCGCAUGGUAUGCACUGGUGCAGUAUCGCGAGAAGCAAGCUUCAGCUCUGCGGAUCGCACGAUCUUCUUGAUGUACUUUGUCUUCUCCUUCGUCCCCUUGCGGACGCACUUCUAUCUGAGCUUCAUAUCUUGUGGACCACAAUGCAACGUGCGGUUCUGGUGGGAUGAGGGUCGGUGGUUCGUCUUGUCUGCGACUUGUUUUGCUCACGCUCAUUCUUCUUGGACAUUCGUUAGGAGGGACUCUCAGUCUCGGGAGCCGGACUUCAUCGUUUCAUCUGUGGACUAGCUUUUGCGACUCUUUUCCGUAUUUGUAACUUACAUUCCUUUCAUUUUGGAUUUGUUGUAUCCUUAUCACCAUUCGUCUCUUCUCGCGGUUUUUCCUGGAGUGCUGCAAGAGUCUGCACAGACUUGGGUUCGACAGACUUCGGGUUCGACACAAGGCUUGGAGUGCCUGGUGGGACUGCAACCGAGGGAGAGAGGUCUACCGACAUCAACGGAUCCCGAUGACCUCAUGCAUGAGCGUGAUCACGUGUGGACGUCGGGCAAGUAUAAAGAGGCUUAAGUUGUCGUCGCUUCCAUCUCCAUCUCCACCUCCAUCACUCAUCC